GUGCGCCGCAGACCGGCAGAUUAGACCGGCUCAACGGGCUCUGCUGAUACACCGAGCAGCAUCCGAGCAAGCGAAACUCCGGCUCAGCUAGCCAUCGGCUCUGUUUGUGUUCAAGCCUUUUCGGGAUCUAAGACCCUCGGUUCCCGUGUACUGUGCGGUUCCACGGUCCUUAAGGAAUGCCCAGAGAGCUCACCCAGAACAGGAUCCAAAAGAUCUGGGUUCCCACCAAGGAUGACAAGCGACGAGCAGCUGGCGCCCCCCACUUCGUCAACCCACCCACCGUCAUCGUGAUGGUGGGUCUGCCCGCUCGAGGCAAGACGUACAUGUCCAAAAAACUCACCCGCUACCUCAACUGGAUCGGCAUGCCCACCAAAGUCUUCAACGUUGGAGAGUAUCGCAGGGAGGCUGUCAAGAACUACAGCUCCUACGACUUCUUCAAGCCCGACAACGAGUGUGCUGUGAAAAUCAGACAGCAGUGUGCCUUAGCAGCCUUGAGGGAUGUCAAGUCCUACCUGAAGGACGAGGGAGGCCAAGUGGCGGUGUUUGACGCCACUAACACGACAAGGGAGAGACGAGACAUGAUCCUCCAGUUUGGCGAUGAGAAUGGCUUCAAGGUCUUUUUCAUCGAGUCUGUGUGUGACGAUCCCAGCGUCAUCGCCUCGAACAUCAUGGAAGUGAAGGUGUCCUGUCCGGACUACCGGGACUGCAACAAGACGGACGCCAUGCUGGAUUUCCAGAGGAGAAUUGAAUGUUACAAAACCAGCUACCAACCUCUGGAUCCCGACCAGUACGACAGGGAUCACUCCUUCAUCAAGGUAAUAGAUGUUGGUCGCCGCUUUCUCGUCAACCAGAUCCAGGAUCACAUUCAGAGCAAGAUCGUCUACUACUUGAUGAACAUCCACGUCCAGCCACGAACCAUCUACCUGUGUCGACACGGAGAGAGCACGGACAACCUGGAGGGGCGGCUGGGUGGGGACUCUGGCCUCUCGCCACGUGGCAAACAGUUUUCAGCUGCCCUGGCUCGAUUUGUCGAGGAGCAGAAGCUGAAGGACCUGAAGGUCUGGACCAGUCAGCUGUGCCGCAGCAUCCAGACCGCCGAGCACCUGGGGGUCCCAUACGAGCAGUGGAAGGCUCUCAAUGAGAUCGAUGCUGGCAUGUGCGAGGAGAUGACAUACGACGAAGUGAAGGAGAAAUUCCCGGAAGAGUUUUGUCUGAGAGAUGAAGACAAAUACUACUACCGCUACCCUGCCGGAGAGUCCUACCAGGAUCUGGUUCAGCGGGUGGAACCGGUCAUUAUGGCGCUGGAGAGGCAGGAGAAUGUUUUGGUUAUCUGCCACCAGGCCGUCAUGCGCUGCCUACUCGCCUACUUCCUGGAUAAGAGCGCAGAUGAGAUGACCUACUUGAAGUGCCCCCUCCACACGGUGCUGAAGCUCACCCCGGUGGCUUACGGGUGCAAAGUGGAGUCCAUUUCUCUGAAUGUGGAGGCAGUCAACACCCACAGAGACCGACCAGAGGAGGUUAAGAGGGGUCCUGGCACUUUGAUCAGGAGGAACAGCGUGACUCCUCUGACCAGCCCAGAGUCUAACAUCAAGAAACCACGCAUCGAUGACCUGGACGAGGCUCCCAUCCAGGAGCUGCCCCCUUCUGUUGCCUCUCUGGCCCUCUGCAGCCCCUCACACCUCCCUCUGGCUCUGGCUGGACAGCACUGGCUGGGCAAAGUUUGCCUAUGCACCAUCCUGAACUAUCUAAAGGUGGUUGCGCUUGUGUUACAAAGAACCUGAGGAGAAGCUCAUCUGGUCGCCGGGAAGUCCUGCAGCCCUGCCAGUGAAACUGCACCAAUGAGUCCUGUGGAUCAAGAGUGCAGGAACCGGAUCACUGAAAACAACAUGAGACCACAAGGGAAAGUGAAAUUGGAGCAUUACUUUCCUAAUGGCAACGUUUAUCUGACGGAAACAUGUCGAGGGUCAUCAUUUUGUCAUCUAAGAACUCAAGUUACUCUACAGGAUCAUGUAUUUGUUUUAUCAGAGCAAGGCUCUUAAUUGUCACUUGCUCUAGUUAGACAGAUUUUUUUUCUCCCUGACACUGAUUCAUCUAUUUUUGGGAAACAUUCACACGUUUAAAUGUCAUCCUGUUACAGUUCAGAUGGCUCUUUGUGAAACCAAUUCACGGUGGUUUAUAAUUUUAGGAAGACCAAAGACUAGCUCAGCCCAGAUUAAACUCAACCUUUGAUAAAUAAGAAGAGGAUCAAGUGUUAGUUUACGUCGUAAACUUUCUUGCACUUCUUUGGAAGGACUGGCGUUUCAUGUGUUUUUCAAAAAUGCUCCGCAGUUCAUUUGACUCCAUUAUAUGCUGACACGCUACAAAAUAAGCGAUAUUUUGCACAGUGGUGAUAGGUUUUGUCUUUUGUUUGGUUGAUUUGUCACAGUGUGUUUUCAUGUCACGUUACUUCACGGUAAUGGAGGCGACGUUUCGCCAUAGAGUGCCUGUAGUGCUUGUUUUGCAAGCCCAACGCUGCUUCUCUCGCUAUUUUCUACUUAAUCUUUUGAAGAGAGGCACCACAUUUCACCUACAUGUAUAAAUUAAAAAAAUUAUCAUUUUAAUAUUUAUGGUUUCACACUUUAAAUAUUUAUUUUUAAUUGUAUUUAGUUUUAGUAUUAUGAUCAUUUCAGAGAGUUUUCUCCAUUGACGGGAAACUUUUUGUUGACCUUCUGCUGUCGUUGUCUGCUACGCACAAAUGUGAGCACCUAUAUUUUUGUUAUAACGAUGCGUGCUUUUAAUAAUACCUUUGUAAAUCUUAGUGUACAUAUGGUAUAACUGGAAAUGGAUGGAUGGAUGACUCAUGGGAGUCUUUUAAUGAAGAUGUAUGUAACUCUUUUUGUACUUAUGUGUCGAGUCUGAAUGGAAAGCACCAUGUCUGUUGAGAAGGAAGCUCUCUCAAUUUAAAAGAAAAAAACUUUUAACAUGUUUGCUUGAGAUACUUGAAAUCAAAUUUUUUUUUGUAAACUGUUUUAUUAUAUUCUUUAUUUAUUUUUAUGUAGUUCUGAAUGACGCUUGGAGCGAGAGGCACCUUUGUUGUAAUGAAUGAAGAUGUUGUGCAGUUGAUUUUUGCAUCUGCUGGACCAAUAAAAUUUCACAAUGGGAAAAUA